GAGAGGUAAUCCUGUGAAGUGGACACAGACUCAGUCAACCUUUCCCUCCUCCCCAGCAGCGCGCGGCUCACAUAUCAACGCUUUAUUUAACUCCCCACGUUUGCUGCUUGGACCAGUAAGUGAUCCCGCACCCUAGAUCGUCACGCAAAACAUUAAUUUAGCUGAUUGUACCCCUCGCGUUGUGUGGUGGGCUCCGUGGAGGCGAGCAGAAGGGGGGGCUGCCCCAGUGCGCUCCAGACGCGCAGCACCAUGGAGAGCAGCGGGACGCGCUGACAGACUCAUCAAGAGUUUAGAGGGAUGCUACCGGGGCUGGGAUGUGAGCUCAGACUGUGGUAGGAUGGCCACUCACCUGGCGCUGACGACCGAGGGAUGGCAGCUUUUCACCCACGCCAGCACCAGCUYUGGAACCACCAUCCCCUCCACCCCCCGAGCGCCGACCUGCGGCGGCUCUUCCACCGGCUCACCAUUGCCUUCUCCCUGAGCAUCCUCUGCUUCUCCCUGGUCUAUAUCUUCGCCGGAUGCUGCGAGUCGGAGCUCACCGACAACUCGGACGUCUCUGCGCGCGAUCUUCUGGUGGCGGGGUCAGCUUGGCCGGAGAGGAACGUGAGCCACGCGGAUGGAGAGUCUGGACUGGAGGGGAACAGCUCGGGGAAAGAGUGGACGGCCACGCGGAGACURCCCCAGGCUCUGAUUAUUGGGGUUAAAAAGGGAGGCACCAGGGCUCUGCUGGAGUUCCUGCGGCUCCAUCCGGAUAUCCGCGCCCUGGGCUCGGAGCCGCACUUCUUUGAUCGGCAUUACGCGCGCGGUCUGGACUGGUACAGAACCAUGAUGCCCAAAGCCCUGGAUGGCCAGAUAGUCAUGGAGAAAACACCUCGUUACUUUGUCACAGUGGACACGCCGCCACGGAUCCACGCCAUGUCUCGAGAUGUGAAGCUGAUCGUAGUCGUCCGUGAUCCGGUGACUCGAGCCAUAUCUGAUUACACACAGAUCAUCUCAAAGACCCCCGGCAUCCCUUCCUUUGAGAGUCUAGCCUUCAAAAACCACACCACAGGUCAGAUUGAUUCUUCGUGGAGUCCGUUGUGGAUCGGUUUGUAUGCCCAGCACAUGGAGCGUUGGCUGGCGUGGUUCCCAAGGUCUCAGAUUCACCUGGUCAGUGGGGAGAGGCUCAUCACAGAUCCGGCUGGAGAACUAGGCAAAGUCCAGGACUUCCUGGGCCUUCAGAGGAUUGUGACGGACAAACAUUUCUACUUCAACAAAACCAAAGGCUUCCCCUGCUUGAAGAAGCCAGAGGGCAGCAGUAAACCUCACUGCCUAGGGAAGACAAAAGGGAGGACACAUGUCUCCAUAGACCCUGAUGUGAUUCAGAAACUAAGGGAUUUCUACAAACCUCACAACCAGCGAUUUUAUCAAAUGGUAGGACAGAGUUUUGAAUGGCAGUGAUCCUGAAGACUGUGCAGAAGGAGCUUUAUGUGCAAAUCUGCCAUCUGACUGAGACAGACGAAACAACUCAGAGUACAGAGCCAUGUUUGUGCCUCUGAACAGCCAAGCAGCAUCUCAGACAUGUGAUACUGAAAUCCCAGUGUCAAUACGUUCCAGUCUGUCUCUCAGUCAAUCAUCUUCAGGUGUGUGAAGAUGAUGUUUGGACGUUGUGGUUGAGCAAAGCAUUUUUGGAGCAGAAGAUGCAGCUAGCGUGGAAUUCCUUUAAAGUUGUGGCUUCUUAGAUGUUGAACAGCGUAGAUUUUAGUAUUUUUGGUUGGCAAUUCAAACCUGACUCCUAACCAGAUGUAGCUGGAUCAAAAGAAAUAAAAAUAGAAUUGACGUCACAUUCGAAUUUCUGAUUUUUUCCCCUACAUAUUUGCUCUUCAGCCUGAGUUUAAGAAUUUAAAGGCAAUCAGUUCAUUCAUAUUGAAAAGUGUCCAGCAAGCAUUGUUUCCAGAAGGUGGGGGAUGAAUCUUUAAUGGGGUGAGUAGCGGAGGGGUGAGGGAGAAAAUCUUUGCAUGAGCUCAGAUCUGACUGAGUGGUUUGUAUUCUUGAAUAAUAAAUGUGGUUAAAUGGAUGUAGAAGGAACUGAUGUGGAUCACUUAGCUCAUUCGUAUGCACUGCUUAGGUUAGCACCCCACCAUAAAACCAGCUGUGCUGUACUUUGAGGAAAGUAAUGGUACCACUGCAAGGCAACAGAAACAGGAUCAAAAAACAGAAAAUCCAUACAGGGAGGAUUGACCAAUCACUAGCCAUACCUGUGAAUGUGAUGUAUGAAGCUUUCCUGCUUCUUGCUUACAUGUAAUUGUUUUGUUUUACAGUUGCAUGUAUUUGCACUAGUUAAAAAUAAUCACGAAAAAUAAAGUUAUUUUUAAGCCAAACCAUU